ACUUGUUUCGGAGCUCCCAACAGUCCAGUUGACACAAUGACAAGCGCCUCGUAUAGAAAGAAGCUUGGAUUCAGUCAUCGCUCCAGCUCUCUCGAGAUUGAGGAACGGAAACAUCGAAGUCAUACUCCUUCUCCUCUCCAAUCACCGAAAUCAAAGAGGAAAGACACAGAUGUGUAUGUGGUGCUAUACAACUUCAAAGGAAAAGAGAAAGAUGACAUGGAUCUUAGGGCAGGAUGGAAAGUUAGUCUCAUCAACAGCUCAGAUCCUGAUUGGUGGAAGGGUCGGUGCAAUGGGAAAGUCGGCUAUUUUCCAGCAACAUAUGUGCAGCGUCUCAUACCAGGGCAGAGGGUCUUCCAGGUGACACACACGAUGAACUUAAGUGAAGGAGACAAUGGAAUGAGACUUCAUAAAGACCAGAUUGUUGUGCAGGCUGGGGAAGAAGUCAGUGGUAUGAUUCAUGUGCAAGCUCCCAACAAGAAGCAGGCUAUGUGCCCCCUGAAGUACCUCCAAGAGCUCUGAUGCUGUGUGGCCAGCAUGGCACUCAGGACAAUUACCAAUGGUAUUCCACAACUUGCCAACAUCACAAAGCAAACUUCCAGAUCUGCAGGACUGUGUUACACUAACAGAUAUGCAGGUCUUGUAGUGAUGCUUCUAUAGACGGGAGCAACCAUACAACGAGCAGGGUGUGCUAUUCUGCCCAUCACCUGAUACUCUGACACACACCAGCAGCACCAUUCCACAGGGCAGGUGGAUUAUGUCACUGCAUACUCAAUGCUUCAAAUAAUUAUUAAUUUCAGUGCAUAAAAAAGGAGCUGUAUGAACUUUCUGAA